CACUAACCAUUUAAUGACGGCUGCUGCUUCCGGGAAAUGGCCGGCUAAACGAUGACAAAAUAUACCAUUAUACAAAUCAAGAAGGGAGACCUUUUUGCUUUUGCAAAUGACUUGGAUUAACCAACGUGUUCGGAAUAAAUGCUUGCAUUUAGGUCGUUUAUUUGGUGACCGUGUGCAUGCAUGCUAAAUUACUGUUUGAGUUAACUAAAUUAGCUAACACAUGCGAAGUAGCUAACAUGUCAGCUAUUGGUAGCUAAAGUUGAAACCCGCAACUGACUUAUUGAGUUCAAUGUUCGAGAAAUGGAGAGUAGACACGUUUACAGUGCUGGCUAGUGUCGAAACGUGCGAUAUUUUUUAUCGGGGUGUCUCGCUGGUCGAUUGCUAUGUUCCCGCAGCUGCAUACAACUGUCUAAAACUUAACUAGCUAGCUAAUUUGCCUUCAUUCACUCAUCUCAAUGGCUCACUGUAGUUCAUCAGAUCCAAGUGGGAAGAUACCCCGUCCAGAUAGCAGCGCAGUAUUGAUGGCAGGAUCUCCCGGAACCGUUGAUCAGGCAAUGAAGCCGGUGUUGUUUGAAAUAUUUGGAGAAAUUUGGAACGUCCAGGCCCGACUCGGGCAAGGCGUCUCGGCCUCGGUAUACCGGGUGAGCUCGGGAAGGACGAGUACGGCCGCCGUUAAGGAGUUCCUGGCGGACGCUCAGGGCGGAGAUUACGGGUACCACAAGGAGAGGUCCGUGCUGGAAGACAUCCAAGGACACAAAAACAUCGUAACGCUGUAUGGGGUGUUCACCAACCACAGCCAUGUGGGUGUGGCCACACGCUGCCUGCUGCUAGAGCUGCUGGAUGUCAGUGUGUCUGAGCUGCUGGUCAGGGCCAGUACCCAGGGCCAGGUGGGCAGCCUCCAGAGUGGUGGUGCCCAGCAGCAGGGCCACUCCAUGUGGCUGGUGCAGCACUGCGCAAGAGACAUCCUGGAGGCCCUGGCCUUCCUCCACCGAGAGGGCUACGUCCACGCAGAUCUCAAGCCCCGCAAUGUGCUCUGGAGCGCAGACGACGAGUGCUUCAAACUCAUCGACUUUGGACUCAGCUUCAAGGAGGGUAACCAGGAUGUGAAGUACAUCCAGACGGAUGGGUACCGUGCCCCGGAGGCUGAGCUUCAGAACUCGCUGGCCCAGGUGGGGCUCGAGGCGGAGGGUAACUCUGGCUGCUCGGCCACUGUGGACCUCUGGAGCCUGGGUAUCAUCCUGCUGGAGAUGCACUCCGGCAUCAAACUCAAAGACACUGUCAGGUCACCCGAGUGGAAGGACAACAGUGCAGCGAUAGUCGACCAUAUCUUUGCCAGUAACAGUGUGGUGUGUCCUGCUAUCCCUGUCUAUCACCUCAGAGACCUGAUCAAGAGCAUGCUUCACUAUGACCCCAAGCACAGAGGCACAGCCGAGACGGCCCUGCUUAGCCCUUUUUUCAGUAUUCCCUUUGCUCCUCACAUAGAAGACUUGGUUCUGCUGCCCUCUCCUGUUCUGCGCCUGCUCAACCUGAUUGACGACAGCCACCUACACAAUGAGGAGGAGUAUGAAGACAUCUUGGAGGACAUGAAGGAGGAGUGCCAGAAGUACGGCUCUGUGGUCUCUCUUCUCAUUCCCAAGGAGAACCCAGGCAAAGGACAGGUGUUUGUAGAAUAUGCUAACGCAGGCGACUCCAAAGAGGCCCAGAGACUGCUGACGGGACGGACCUUUGACAGGAAGUUUGUCGUUGCCACAUUCUACCCCCUGAGUGCUUACAAGAGAGGCUACUUGUACCAGACCGUGCAGUGAACACACACACAUGCGCACUGAGAGCUCACACACCGUUAGUUGAAGAGCACAGGCCUAGGCCCCAUUCAGUCCGUCUCUAUCAUGAUGUGUAUACUUACAGUUGAAGUUGGAAGUUUACAUACACUUAGGUUGGAGUCAUUAAAACUAGUUUUUCAACCACUCCACAA